GCACUAGUGCGCUUAUUGGAACACGGUGCUGUCUGCUCUGUCGGCCGCCGCUGAGUGAAGACGGAAGAUGACCGUCCAUAACCUGUACAUCUUCGACCGUAACGGAACCUGCCUGCACUACAGCGAGUGGAACCGUAAGAAGCAGGCAGGGAUCUCCAAAGAGGAGGAGUUUAAGCUGAUGUACGGGAUGCUGUUCUCCAUCCGCUCCUUCGUCAGCAAGAUGUCUCCACUCGACAUGAAGGACGGGUUUAUCUCCUUCCAGACGAGUCGGUACAAACUUCACUACUAUGAGACCCCCACAGGGAUUAAGCUGGUGAUGAACACGGACCUGGGGGUCCCGAACUGCAGGGACAUCCUACACCAGCUCUACAGCACGGUCUAUGUGGAGUACAUAGUGAAGAACCCGCUGUGCAUGCUGGGAGAGACUCUGCAGAGUGAACUGUUCUCCAGCAGGCUGGACUCGUUCAUCAGAGCGCUGCCCUUCUUCAGUGUCCGCGCAGCCUGAGGACCACCGCUACCACCGGGGGGCGCCAGUCUGGCUGUGUAUUGUGUAAAAUACUGUUUAUAUUCAUUGCUUUUUUCUGUGCAGUCUGAUUCCUCCAGCUGUCCAAUGAGGUGCCUGUUCCUCCACCUUAAUUUAAAUAUUCAUGAGUAAUUCCACAUUCAGACUGUCUGAUUGGUUGUUCUUGUUUGGAUUCAGGCUGUUUGAUCUGAGGACGGACUGGAGCGAAGCUGCUUUUAGCACAGUUCUCAUGGUUACGGACUGAAUGUAAUCGUACUGUGUUCUGUGAUUAUGGUUUGUAUUUGAGUGAAUUAAAAUUAUUAACAUGAUUAAA